AUGAAGAACUUUGCCACUCUCGCGGCUCUCGCUGUCGGAGCCAAUGCUCUCGUCACCAGAGACAACACGUGCUGCUUCCAUCUGACCUCUUCUGGUGGUGCCUCUGGUCCCAUUGGCCAGCUUGAUGAUGGACAGAACCGUGUCUACGGCAACCUUCCUGAGGGCGAGUACUGCAUCAACUCCGAUGGCGGUAUCAUCGAUGGACACGGACGUGGAUGCAUCUUGACCCCACCUACCACCCAGUUCCAGUGUGAUGCUGGAGCCCAGCCCACCACCGGCUUCUCCGUCAACGCCCAGGGCCUGCUCACCUACAACGGAAAGACAGACUUUGUCGCCUGUGAGACUGGUCAGAAUGGAGGACUGAACGUCUACACCUCUCCCAACCCCAAUGAUGUGACUGGCUGCAAGAACAUUCAGCUGCAUGCCGACAACUGUGCCAACACUGGUGCCGGAUCCGGUGCCGGUGCCAGUUCUUCCGCAGUCUACAGCUCGGUCAUUUCUGUCACUCCAACAAGUUCCGCAGUGCAGGAGAGCACCCCUGCCGCCUCUCCUACUCCCGAGUCGAGCGCUCCGGGAUCUACCACCACUGUCAAGACAACCAUGACCACUACCUUUUGCCCUGAGUCAACCACCCCAGCUGGCUCCGGUUCUCAACCCUCUACUCCCGCUGGCUCUGGAUCUCAGCCUUCUCAUUCUGCCUCUGCCACCCAGUCUUCCAGCCCCAGCUGCCCGACCGAUCUCUCUGGACAGUACGAAUUCCCCCACCUGAUCAUCCCCGUCGACUCCUCUUCUCCCAACAAGGCUCCUGGUACCUCGUUCAACGGCACAGUCUCUUCCACCGUCUCGAGCAUCUUCAACUUUGACAUUCCUUCCUCGGACGCCGGCAAGACCUGCAGUCUCGUCUUCUUGUUCCCCAAGAAGGAGGACCUCGAGACCUCUUCUUACUCCUUCAGCGGCGACGGCAAGAUCGAUUUCGCCAUGCUGGAGUCUGCCGCUACUUCCCAGACCUCCUACAGCAAUGCUCCCAAGGUCAAGCAAGACUACGGCGUUACCACGGUCUCCCCUGGCAACUCCUACCUGAUUUCUACCUUCCAGUGCCCCGCUGGACAGGCAGUCGGCUUUGAGAUGAAGAACGCUGGUAGCACCAACCUCAACUUCUUCGAGGACUACAACCCCUCUCCGUAA